AUGGAAUCCGGUGUUCUCUUCAAAACGUGCAAUGAUUGUCUGAUUUCGGAUUGUCACGUCAAAGAUAAUAGGCCGUGCAAUGACAGAUUUUCCGACGGCGACGAUUACAAAUUCGUAUGUUUCCAUUGUAAAAUCGAAUUUGGCAACAAACAGUUCUACACCAAAGACGAUUGCAUGAAGGGCUGCUGCACGGACGAGUCGAAGAUUUGCGUUUGCGACUCCUGGUGUUACAUGUGCGUCUCAAAUGAAGGCUUCGAUCAGACCAAUUACGCGAAAUGCGUCGUUGACCCAAACGAGCAAAUUAACUGCAAAUAA